UUUGCGAAACCCUCGUCAUUCCGUAUCAAACCACUGCACGGUGCUAAGUGAAUUGUUAAUAAUCAAAUAAAAUAACCAAAUGUUCGUAAAAGGUGUUGACAUUAUAAGUUCUAAGUUGGAACAUAUAAGUUUGGACAUUCAAAACAAAAUGCAGCCAAAAGCAGAUAGGCAGCCUGUGUGUCCGAAAAAUCAACUACCCCUUCUGCAUUUGACACCAGUCAAAGGUCAGAAGAAUGGUGAAGUCGAUAUGCAACAAGAAACUGGUGACCCUUGCCUACUGAAGCCACAACAUGACAUUCCACCAACACCGCCUCCACAAACCAACCCUCAACCUCUCGAAUUCUUUCCACAAAGAAUAGGGUAGCUGCACUUUACCCCAUUACUAGAAACGACAUACAUUUUAAUGGCAUCUCGCCAUUUCAGUAGACUUUUCAGCAAAGUCGUAUAAAUACGCUUCGUGCUGCUAUUACAGAGAAAAUACGCAAAUACCGUAGACGAAACGGUGGAACUUUUUGCCAAAUUAUGAGCCAAAGUACGUCAGUGGACCGAUACCUCGUGUUUAUUUUGCUCAAGCCUUUUGUUGUGAUUGACAUGAAAUUGUAUUUUAUACAAGAAAUUUGUUUUGAAACAUAAAUAUAAUGUUAAACUAUAAUGUUCCUAUAGCUAAAGUAAGUUUAUAAGUUAAUAUUAACAUCUAUUGUAAGCAAUAUAAAAUCCAGCAAUAAAACCAAUAAGACUUUAUGAUUAACCAUUGUUGUGAUUUUGUAUAUUACAAUCUCGAAUAAUAUAAUAUUGUUAUAUUUAUAGAUAUUAAACUUGCAUUACUAAUAUUGAAUGCUCUAUUUCAUUAAGUUAUUUAUAUAUGAAGUAAGUUAAACAAUAUACGUAAUAAAAAUACACG